AUUAUAAAAUAUUUAUUAAAAAAUCUUUUUAAAUAUAAUAAUAUUUUAUAGAUUUUUUUGCAAUUCAUGGAAAAGGUGUUCCAUGCAUCUCGUUGGAUUGGCAUACCAAAUACCAGUGCUUUCUGGAAGCUUUGGGCUUGCUGCGUCAUUUUUCUUAUGGUGUCUGUGGAGAUUGGCGCUAUCAGGAAGGUCAUCAGAGCUCUGGCUGGCUGGGCAGUUGACACUUCGAAACAGAGAAGUGUGACAGCUCGCUUGGCCGGUGCAAUGUUUUACGCCAUGUCUGUUAUAUCACAAAUACUUUGCUGGAGAUUAGCGCAGUCUUGGAGUCAAUUGUCUAAGACUUGGGCCGCGACAGAAUGGACGUUGAGCAUUAAAUAUGUACCUCCGGACGUGACGCUGCGAAGACGUUUGUUAGUGGUGACUGCUUUUAUCAUGAUUGGAGGAUUAGGUGAACAUGUUUUGAGUAUUUUAGCGGCAAUAAAUGAUGAAUUUCAAAAUCCCGACCUUCUGCGAACAUAUAUAUUAAAAUCUCACGGAUUUUUAUUCCUAGAAAAAGAGUAUCAUCCAGCUUUUGGUGUUGCGGUGUUCUUUAUUAGUAACUUGGCAACGAUACUAUGGAAUUUUCAAGACCUGGUUAUAGUAUUGACAAGCAUGGGUUUGACGUCGAGGUACUACAGACUCAAUAUUUGCAUAGCAAUGUUAAUUUCAAGGCAAAAAGAAAAAAAAACGGAUCAGGACAUUCAAAUACUAAGGCUUUAUUUAUGGCGAAAGAUACGAGAAGCCUUCGUCAGGCAGGCGACGCUGGCCAGAAAAGUUGAUGAAACCCUUGGUCUUCUUAUUCUUUUCUCCAACUUCUUCAAUUUUUAUUUCAUAUGUCUACAACUAUUUUUGGGGAUCACUCUCGGUGUGACAGGUGAACCCCUACAGCAGACAUAUUACCUGGUAUCUCUUUGCUGGAUCUGCAUCAGAUCUAGCUGCGUGGUGCUGGCUGCUUCAGAUGUUAAUCAGCAUUCGAACAAAGCUCUCACAUAUUUGUGUGACUGUCUUCCAUACCAAUAUAAUAUCGAGAUAGAACGACUUCAAGUACAGCUUAGGAAAGAUUAUAUCGCAUUAAGUGGAAUGGGCUUCUUUUACUUAACUAGAAGUGUACUGCUAAAGGUAGCGAGUUCAGUUAUUACAUAUGUGCUGGUUUUAGUACAGUACGAUGGAACAGAUCGUAUUGAUGGCAAGUGGCUCAACAGCACCAGUAAUAAUACAGACGUUAAUAAUUAA